AUGUGCAGCACAUGUAUGCUCAACCUCCACGACAGAUGGAAAGGGGAGGGUUUAGAGCGGGAGGGCGGGGAAGAGGCAUGGCACCACAACAACCCUGUGGUCUAUGCUGGAUCUGUGGUCAACCAGGUCACUGGGACGGAUCUGGACGCUAUCAAGGGGCGACUAACCACUGCUGAAAGCCGUAUUAGUGACACAGAGGAUGCAACAGCGCAGCUCACAUCCAAGGUAACUGAUCUGGAAACAAAAGUGAAAUCGCUCACUGAGAAGAACGAGGACCUGGAGAAUCAUCUCAUCGGCCUGUCAGAAAACACAGAGGGGAAGGAUGCUGAGACUUUCCUGGAGAGGUGGCUCCCGGACGUCCUCGGAGCAGAGAUUUUCCCCACACCUGAGCACAGGGGCUUGUUGUCGGUGCGGUACCCGAUGGAGCACGGGAUAGUGAAGGACUGGAACGACAUGGAGAGGAUCUGGCAGUACGUUUACUCCAAGGAGCAACUGCAGACGUUCUCCGAGGAGCAUCCUGUACUGCUGACCGAGGCCCCUCUCAACCCCAGCAAGAACAGGGAGAAGGCUGCGGAGAUUUUCUUCGAGAACUUCAACGUUCCCGCUCUCUUCAUCUCCAUGCAGGCGGUCCUUAGCCUGGGAGUACGCCACAGGUCGCACCACCGGUGUCGUGUUGGACUCGGGGGACGAGACGUGUCGCGGUACCUCCGCCUGCUGCUGCGCAAGGAAGGCUACAACUUCAACACCUCGGCAGAGUUCGAGGUCGUCCGCACCAUCAAAGAAAGAGCCUGUUAUCUGUCCCUCAACCUGCAAAAGGACGAGACUUUAGAAACAGAGAAGGCUCAGUACGUUCUCCCCGAUGGAAGCACUUUAAACAUCGGCCCGGCCAGGUUCCGAGCCCCAGAGCUGCUGUUCAGACCCGACCUGAUAGGAGACGAGAGCUCGGGGAUCCACGAGGUCCUGGCCUACGCCAUCCAGAAGUCUGACAUGGACCUCAGACGCACGCUGUACUCCACCAUAGUAUUGUGUGGGGGGAUCAAAGGAUUUGGGGAACGACUACUAACUGAAGUGAAGAAGCUGGCACCCAAAGACGUGAAGAUCAAGGAGAGGCUCUACUCCACAUGGAUUGGGAGCAGGAAACUCAACGAGCUCACCGGAGCGGCUGUCACCAGACUCCAUAGAAAAAAACACCACUAUUACAAUGACCUGCCGAACAGCCGGUUUCUGAAGCAGGUGGUUUAA